AUGGCCAUCCAUGCUAUUUCCAAUGUUCCUAUAUUCAACGGUCGCAAGGUCGACACUGCGGUUAAUGUCACGUUCCGUGCCAGCCCGGGCGACAUUAUCAGUAUCGAGCAAGGAGCCACGAAUCUCGCCAGCAUCGACACCGCGAUUGACGGGAGAGGCUGUACGCUCCUCCCAGCCUUCAUUGAUUCCAAUGUCGAUACUGCAGCAACGAACAUGGAUUUACCUAUCUUCGCCUCUUACGGUAUCGGCACGGUUCUAGACAUGAGUAGCAGCAAAGCUGAUAUCCAAGAAAUGCGGGCUGAGUCUAUGGCCGAGAUUGGACUACCUGCCUACCUGGCAUCUGGCCCCAUUGCUACUGCGCAGGCCACCGACGGAGCACAGAUACAUCCACGACGUGAAACAGGGGUUGUCGAAGUCCCAGCGGAGGCUGAGACGUGGGUUACCUCUCUCCUGGACGGUCCGACCAAAUCCGACUACAUCAAAGUGCUUGUUGAUCUGCCUGGAAUCGAUAGCCUGACGCUCAUUGCUCUUGUUCAAGCUGCGCACCGACACGGCAAGUUGGCUGUCGCACACUCCUUCCAAAAGGCUGGAUAUUCUCGGGCAGUACAGGCGGGGUUCGACGUCAUCACUCUUGUGCCUAUAGAUGGUUUGAUAGAAACCGAGGUAGCUGAGAGCCUUGCUGCACGCAACGUAGCGUGCAUCCCGACCCUUUGCAUGGCAAGAGCUAUGAUACCCUUGCUUCUGCGAGAGACAAGCAACGGCAUGGAGGAUAUCAGCUUUGAUUACGCGGUUGCCAACGUGAAAAGGCUGUACGACGCUGGGGUGCGCAUCUGUGCUGGAACAGAAGCAAACCAGAUAUCUCAUGCGCCUAUACCAAUUGGGGAGAGCCUUCACGAAGAGAUGGAGUUGCUCGUAGGCGCAGGGCUCUCGAACCUCGAUGCGCUGAGGGCAGCUACCAUUAUUCCGGCAACAGUGUUUGGUAUGGAAGAUCGCGGUGAGAUCUCGCUGGGGCGGAGAGCAGAUAUGGUAUUGGUAGAAGGAGAUCCGUUGCAGGAUAUCGCAACUACGAGAAAGAUUCGGAAGGUAUGGAUAGGCGGGGUUGAGAUGGACGGAUGGGAUGCUGUUUCAGUCUAG